GAUGGCGCCGUGCUCCUCCCUGGGGCUCCUGCUGCUGCUCUGGCUGCUGCCGCUGCCGCAGGUGGGUCGGGCGGGAGGCGGGGCGCUCGUGGGGCGGGGCUCCGCACGGCCCCGCCCUCCGGCGCUCCUCAUGCGUGUCUCCCCGCAGGUGUCUCUGGGUUCUGAGGACCAGGCCCCCUGCGACCCCUCGAGCCAGUGCCCCCCGCAGGCCCGCUGGAGCAGCCUGUGGCAUGUGGGGUAAGUGACCCGCGCUCCGGGAUCCGAGCCGCGGCCCCUGCCCCGGGGGGUCAGCGUGG